AUGGUUUUGCUGCAUUCAUCUGUCUCUCUAAGAGAACCCUUCCAAAUCCUGACAAUCACCCUCCUCAGCCUCUUGCUCCCACUCUCCUUUCUCCUCCUCUCCAGAUUCUAUAUUUUUCACCAUCUCCUCACCUCUGACACUUUUCCUUCACCGCCACUUUCUUCUUUUCUCUUAUCUUUCUUCCUCUAUAUCAACCCCUCUCUUCUCUGCUUGCUCGUUUCCAUUGUCAGCAUAGCAACUCUCACCCACGGCUUGACAGGUAAGCUUACAUUUCUAACCGAGUCGCCGGCCAGCCGUUUGUACGCGGCAUGGAUAUUUGUAUGUACAUUACAAAUCUGCGUUGGUCUGGGGAUCGAGGGAACCAUCGCCGCCGGAGUUGAAGCCGCCGGGAGUGUUGGUAUGGAGGAGAUAGGCUUGCUGAGUAAGGGAGUUUUUUUUCUGGGGUUGCAUGAAACGACGCUGCAUUGGAGUAGAGUGGUGGUGAAGCCGGUGGUGGACGACACCGUUUUCGGGGUCGCUAGGGAGGAAAGGUGGGCAGAGAGGGCGGCCAUGGCUGCCAGCUUUUGUGGUUUGUGGUGGUGGAAGUUGAGGGAAGAGGUUGAGUUUCUGGUGGUUUUGCCGGAGUUUAAGAGAGAGGUGUUGAUGGGUGUUGGGGUGGUUGAUUUUGUUGGGUGGUGGUUGUAUUAUCUGACUGUAACCAUUGGGAUGGUUAGAGUUGUGAAGGGGAUUAUGUGGGUUGCUAUUCUUUUGCUGUGCAGAAGGAAGAAGCCUGAUGAUCACUCUAACGACGGGGAUGAAGACAAAGUCUAA